AUGCUCGUUUUCGAACAGCCUCCAGUGGCGCCUCCCCCGCUCGGCGGCGACAAAGCGGACCGUUUUCUGCCGGAGGUAACUGCUCCCCUGCCGGCGGCCGUCAGCCCUGCAGUGACGGCGCAGAAGGAUAUCGCGUCGCUCAUGCUGGCUUGGCUGGUCGAGCGACUGCAAGAAGCCCAGAAGCGGGCGGAUAGCGAGAGUAAGCGAGUGGCGCAUCUGGAGCGGCAGGUGGCGCUGAUGCUGCGCGAGAUGGGGGAGGCGCAGCGCCUGGUGGCGGGGCUGUCGCGCAAAAACGCGGAGCUGCAGGGGGAAAUGGCGCAGCUGAUGCUGGCGCACAUGGUUGUUGGGCUGGCGGAAGCAGGAGCAGGGGGGCUGGAGCUGGGGAACCGGGGUGAAGGGGUAGGAGAAGCUGGAGGGAUGGAAGAAGGGAGAGGAGACAGCGAGGAGGUUAUUCAGCCAUCCAGUCGUCAUUCAUAG